AUGCUUGGCUUGGUCUGGGUUUUCUAUGGGGUUUCAAAAUUUCUGGGUCAUUUUCUUCCUCCCUAGACCAACUACAGUACUGGUGAACUUUACUUUCUUCUGGGAUUCUCCGACUGGCCAUCGCUCCAACCACUCCUCUUCGCCCUGAUCCUCUUCUGCUAUCUCUUUACCCUGGUGGGCAACUGGGCCCUGGUGUUCUUGGUGGUUCGUGAUCCACGCCUCCACGCACCUAUGUACUACUUCCUCUGCCACCUCGCCCUGGUGGAUGUGGGCUUCACAACUAGUGUUGUUCCACUGCUUUUGGCCAACCUCUGGGGCUGGGCAAGGGCACUGUCCCGAGCCAGGUGCAUGACCCAGCUCUAUGUCUCCCUGGCACUAGGUUCCACUGAGUGUGUCUUGCUGGCUGUGAUGGCGCUAGACCGCUCAGCAGCUGUUUGCCGUCCGCUCCAUUACACAGCCCUGGCCUCGCCCCACCUCUGUCGGGUGCUGGCAGCCGUCUCCUGGUUCGGUGGUUUCACUAACUCACUGGCACAAACCAUACUACUGGCCACACGACAGCUAUGUGGACCCCGGCGUCUAGACCACUUCAUCUGUGAGCUUCCAGCCCUGUUGAAAUUAGUCUGUGGGGGCGGGGGCGCUGUGGAGAGGCAGAUGUUUGCUGCCCGGGUAGUUAUUCUACUAGUGCCCUCUGCUGUCAUCCUAGCCUCCUAUGGGGCUGUGGGCAGGGCUGUAUGGAAAAUGAAGUCCCAGACAGGGAGGAGAAAAGCAAUGGGGACCUGUGGUUCCCACCUUACAGCUGUCUGUCUAUUCUAUGGUUCUGCCAUCUACACAUAUUUGCAGCCAACACACAGUUACUCCCAGGGGCAAGGCAAGUUCGUCUCCUUGUUCUACACUGUGGUCACCCCUGCCCUCAACCCCAUCAUUUACACCCUAAGGAACAAGGAGGUGAAAGGGGCAGCAAAAAGGCUUCUGGGCAGAGUAGAGUGGAGAGAAAGAUAA